AUGCUUGCGAGGACGUUCCGCAGCAGCGCUGCUGCUCCGUUACGGCGCAACGCUUAUGCCCCAACGUUUCGACGAGCUGUCACUACUGAUGCGGCCUCGUCGCACGCGGACCCGGAGACUGUCCCAACCGAAGAUGACAAGCCCUUUGAGGUUCGUCUGUCCGACGAGUCUUUCGAGACAUACGAACUCGACCCUCCCCCGUACACCCUCCAGACGACCAAGAAGGAGCUGAAGCAGAUGUAUUACGACAUGGUUGCUGUUCGUCGCAUGGAAAUGGCCGCCGACCGACUUUACAAGGAGAAGAAGAUCCGGGGUUUCUGCCAUUUGUCAACAGGCCAGGAAGCUGUCGCUGUUGGUAUUGAGCAUGCCCUUGACAGGGAGGAUCAUGUAAUCACUGCAUACCGUUGCCAUGGUUUCGCUAUGAUGCGUGGUGGCACCGUCAAGUCGAUCAUUGGAGAACUGCUCGGCAGAAGAGAAGGUAUUGCCUACGGCAAGGGUGGAUCUAUGCACAUGUUUGCACCCGGUUUCUUUGGUGGCAACGGUAUUGUCGGUGCUCAGGUACCUGUUGGUGCUGGUCUGGCGUUUGCCAACCAAUACAUGGGCAAGAAGAACACUACGAUCGCGCUAUACGGUGAUGGUGCGUCGAAUCAGGGUCAGGUUUUUGAGGCCUUCAACAUGGCUAAGCUAUGGAACCUGCCGGUCAUCUUUGGAUGCGAGAACAACAAGUACGGUAUGGGUACCGCCGCCAACAGAGCCGCUGCUUUGACCGACUACUACAAGCGUGGCCAGUACAUCCCUGGUCUCAAGAUCAAUGGCAUGGACGUACUCGCAACCAAGGCUGCUGUACAGUACGGAAAAGAGUGGACUCAGGCCGGCAAAGGACCUCUUGUAUACGAAUACGUCACAUACAGAUACGGUGGUCACUCCAUGAGUGAUCCUGGAACCACUUACCGAACUCGUGAAGAGAUCCAGCGCAUGCGUAGUACCAACGACCCAAUCGCCGGCCUUAAGCAGAAGCUCCUCGACUGGGGCGUCACCUCCGAGGAAGAGCUCAAGUCGAUCGACAAGGAAGCCCGCAGCAAUGUCGACAAGGAGGUUGCUGAAGCCGAGGCCAUGGAGCCACCAGAGCCAACUGCUCAGAUCCUCUUCGAGGACAUCUACGUCCGCGGAUCGGAGCCAGACUUCAUGAGGGGCAGAAUACCAGAGGAGAACUUCUACUACACCCAGGCUGAUAUUCCGGUACCAAAGGAGGCUCCCGCCGUCGCGAGGACGUAA